AAUUCUUUCUCAACUACAAAUAUCUUUACCAGGCGUGGUGAAACGCUUAACACACCAGAAAAAUAGUAUCAGAAAAAGAGAAAAAAUGACGACAGUUGGAGGAAUUAAGGAAAAAGAGGGAUCAGAAAACAGCUUGGACAUCGAUUUGCUUGCUAAAUUUGCUGUUGAUCAUCACAACACAAAAGAGAAUGCUUUGCUCGAAUUCCAUAGGGUUGUAAAUACAAAAGAACAGGUAGUUGCUGGUACUAUGUACUAUAUUACUCUUGAGGCAACUGAUGGUGACAAGAAGAAGGUUUAUGAAGCGAAAGUGUGGGUUAAGCCAUGGAUGAACUUCAAGGAAGUGCAAGAUUUCAAGUAUGUGGGUGAUGCCGAUGCUCCGGCAGAGGGCUGCAGCAGCUAGGUCUACUGAUGACCCGUACUAUGGUGAAUCUGAAGUAUACUGCAUCUGCUAAGACUUCUUUGAGUGAAUUAUAUCCUACAUAGAUCACUCUUUUUAAUUCAUACGUAAACGUUUAAUCUUAAAUUCGCUGAAGAAGCAUGUUUAAAUGAUUGUUCAGAAUUCUGAUUUGUAUGUCAAGUUAUUAACACAGUUUAUGGUAAAUUGGUAAUGCUUUCUUUGUUGUUUCUCAA